AUGAGUACUUCUACUUCCAAGUUUAAGCUGGCGCUGUGUCAGAUUGCAGUAAGCAACGACAAGCAAAAGAAUAUUGCUACGGCCACUGCCGCUGUGACCGAGGCUGCCAAGAAUGCAGCACAGAUAGUGUCGCUACCUGAAUGCUGGAACUCGCCUUACGCCACCACCUCCUUCCCACAGUACGCAGAGGAGAUUCCAGAGAAGAAGAUGCUGCUGAGUGAAAAGGAUCACCCAUCCACCUUUGCGCUAUCACAGCUCGCUGCCAAGCUCCAGAUUUACCUGGUCGGUGGCUCCAUUCCGGAGAAGGACGCGGCUGGCAAAGUUUACAACACGAGCGUCAUCUUUUCACCUGAGGGUGACAUUUUGGGCAAGCAUCGCAAGGUCCAUCUGUUUGAUAUUGACGUGCCCGGUAAGAUCACCUUCAAGGAGUCAGACACACUUUCCCCGGGCAACAGCUUGACGCUCUUUGACACGCCAUACGGCAAGAUCGGCGUCGGCAUUUGCUAUGACAUUCGCUUCCCAGAGCUGUCGAUGCUCAUGAAGAAGCAAGGUGCCAAAAUUUUGCUUUUCCCGGGCGCCUUUAACCUUACCACGGGACCGGCACACUGGGAGCUCUUGCAGCGCGCUCGCGCAGUUGACAAUCAGCUGUACGUGGCUGCGGCCUCACCUGCACGUGGCCCGGAGGGCGGCUAUCAGGCAUGGGGCCACUCUACGGUGGUCUCUCCCUGGGGCGAAGUGGUGGCCACAUGCGACCACGGUGAGUCUAUUGUGUACGCUGACGUGGACCUGGAGAAUGUUGAGGAGAUGCGUCGCAAUAUUCCGACGUCGCACCAGUCACGCUCGGACAUUUACGAGCUGGUGCAGAAAUGA